AUGUGGUCACUCGGCCACGUUUGUGCUCCUGGUGAAGAUGACAUCAAUUGUCAUUGCGACUGGAGAGUCGAAAUAUACAAAUGCCAGGAGGAAACCGCACUUUACUACAUCAUCAUUGUGAAUAUGAUCAUCUCGGCCUUAGGCUUUGUGCUGGGCACAGGAAUUAUAUAUUACCGGGUCAUCAUCAAAGGGCAUCAAUUUUUCGAAAUCAACCUCGCCAAAGGAUGUUUACGUCCGAAGCCGAUUGAUUCAAUGUUACUAUUGCUUACUAUUUUCAACAUGCUCCGCUUAGUGAAUUCAGCUGUUCUCAUUUCCGGUAUGGGAUACCAAAUGGCCAUCAGAAAUUUCUUGUUUGAAUUUCCAUGGCAAUGGGGAUACGGUGGAUUCGCUCUAUACUUAAUCGGCAUCGCACAGACACUCGCUGACAGCCACAAAGCAAUAUCUGAAGGGUGGUUACCAUCGUCAUCCAUUGUGGACUUUAUUGGUACCUCGAUAUUCUUGGCCCCUUUCAUCAUCAAUAUUCCCAUUGCGGUGGUUGCUGGUGUACUUGCUCUCGAUGCGGAGAAUGAACAUGUCGUGUUGAUCCUCAUUUCAGUCCAUUACUGCAUUUGGGGUGGUCAUUGCAUCGCUCUGACAGCUACAGUGAUGCUCGCCGGUAUUCGAUUGAUCCAUAUCCUCAACCAGCAUCUCGAAAAGAUCAACCCUAGCGGUUCAAGAUACGGUGCAAUUAAGAAUGGCAUCUUCAAGAUCAGGGCUGUCAUGUUCACCAUUGCUAUAUGUCUUGGUCUUUUUGCACUAUUGUGUAUAGUUUAUGGCGUCAUUCGUGACACUAUUUUGGUUAAUAAGACCGGCAAUAUCUUCCUUUCUGUUGUCUGGACUUACCUCGGAGGUGUUGCUUCGUUAACGGUCAUGGUUGCAGUCAUUCUAAACCCUUCCACCUCGUCAACAGGAAUUCGAUUUGGCAGCAAGAGCUCGUCUAACGAAAAGUCGACGAAUGCCAACGUCUACGACACCGAUUACACAUCCACCUUUGCUAGAAACGCUGAAGAAUACAAUACCAGCAUGUCUCGUGGUAGUGUACGUGACGAACUCAAGAAGCAGCAAAAGAUCCACAUGGCACAUAUCAAUCAACAUAGGAGUGGUGACGACGCCUUUGACGAUGACGAUGACGAUAUUGGAAUGCAACCUGUACACUACGAGACAUCAUCACGUAAAAGCUUGGUCCGCAAUGAUAUACCGCUUCAUCAAGUAUAA